AUGGCGGGGCAGGAGAGUUUUGCAGGUUUUGGCAUAGCUCAACAAAAUCAUUAUUACUGGUACUGGCAAAGGGGGAAGCCAGUGUUCCAACCCUGCCAAGCUUACCACUCCGGCAACUGGUUUGAACAACAGCACAGCGGUUACUCCCUUUCUGUCUCCACCUGUGGCUGUGCAGCAGCUGGAAAUGGACUCGACCUUUCUGUGUGGGAGACCUCUGGACCCCCAGCUGAAACUCUGGUCCCUCCUAAGGAAAGCAGAGCUCUGGCAGAGAAGCAAGAUGAAGACUCACUGGAAGAUCCAAACCUUCAUGUGAAUAUUGAGGAAUUAAACAAAGAGUUUAUGGUGAAAAGUGAGGAACUCUACGACUCUCUCAUGAGUUGCCACUGGCAGCCUUUGGAUACGGUUCACUCUGAAAUCCCAGAUGAGCCCCCAGAGAAGCAUGAUGUUCAUUAA